AAAUAAUACUCAAAACCUUAGUAUACAUAUUUACAAAAUUACUAUUUUAUCGCUGGAGAGCUUAAUGCAAAGUCGACAUCAGAAUUACUGCAACGGAAUCGUAAACACUACUUACAUUUUCAGCCGCCGGCCUUGUGUUUACAUCGUUAUCACUGAUCACUUUGCUGGUGUCCAUCUUUGACAACUCAAACUAUACUAGGCGAAGCAAUUACAAAACUGCCAGAGAACUUUUUCCAAUACGAAAUCGUUCUAACGUCUUACCCUGCUUACCCCGAUCGCAUUUAUACAAACCGACAUACGUCUAUUGGGAAAAUAUACUACAUACUAUACAUAUGUAUGUAUGUAAGGUUAUAAAAUCUAUCUGACCAGAGAUCGACAAGCCGACAAUUUCUUCGGAAUUUGGCAAUUGCCUUAGACAAUAAAUUUCUUGAAUAUAUCUCGGCAAAUGAAAAAAGUUUUCCAUACAAGCAGCUAUAUGCUAUAGCGAUCCGAUCUAAACAAUUUCUUCGAAGAUUGCAUAUCUCGCCAAAUAAAAAUGCUUUCCAUAUAAGCAUUUAUUUCCGAUCGUUUAGUUUGUAUAACAUCUAUAAGCCGUAGUGGUUCCGAGCAACCUUAACAUCCUUAUGGAGAGAAAACAACGUGUGCGAAAUUUCAUAUCGAUAUGACAAAAGCUGAAGCCCGGUUCGUGUCUAUACUGACGGACAAACUGACGGGCUAAUAGACUUUCUAAAUCAACACAGCUCGUCAUGCUGAUCAUCUAUAGUAUACAUAUAUAAUUUUCAUAAGGUUGGCAAACUUUAUAUACCUUGAUCAGGGUAUAAAUAUGUCUCUUGUAUCCACUCAGAUAGAAUCAACAAGAAAGUAAAUGAGUUGUCCAAGAUAGGAGUAGUAUGGUAUAAGACAAUUCAGAGAAACAAAUAAAAGGUGAUCCAUUUCGAGGUUCCUUACUUUUUUAAAGAAAAGAAACUUCAAAUUUAAUGGGGAAUGUUUGUUAAUAUUCACAAGAACAUUCUUUGGCAUUUAUUAUUUGAAUUUCGAUUGGUAACUGUCGAAUGACAUGGGUGACGUUUUGCACCAAGGUCUGAAUCGAAGCAGGAUUGCCCGCAUAGUUUUUAGAUUUUACAUACCCUCACAAAAAAACGUCUAAAGAUGUGAUAUCAAAUGAAUUUAAUGGCCAAUCGACCGGCUCAAAACGUGAAAUUAUCUGCUUACCGAAGUGUUGUCUCAAUAAAUCCAUUGAUUGAUGCGAUGCGCGGAAAGUGGCGGCAUCUUGUAGAAGCUAAAUAUCACGAGCUUCAAUUUCAGUCAUCAAAUAACGGUCGGUUCUUUGGAGAAAUAGGGACCGAUGGUUCCAACGGUCUACAAACCACGCCAAAUCGUUGUUUUUUCUGGAUAAAAUGCCAGCUCUUGAAUAUCUACAGGUUGUUCUUCGUUCCAAAUGCACCAAUUUUGCGAUGUCGCUUGGGAAGAUCGAGCGGCUUCAGUUCUUGCACGAGCUGUAUUUUGUUCGCUUUCAAUUUGAGAUCUCGACGUAAAAUGCGCCAAGUCGUUUCAUACGUCACCGAAUCGACUCUCCAAUGCGUGCAGGACGUGAUCUAUUCGGUCGAAUAUUAUCCCAUAAUGAAUGUUGAGUCUAAAAAUGAGUGAUGGUGUUACGAAUAGUACGUCAAUCACGUCAAUACGUUAACCAUAAGUUGAGCGAAGCGCCCGAAACCCAUUCGUUACAGAAGAGUUGCCAAUUUUCUCAUCCAAUUUUUAUUCUUCAAUGCUUCGCCGAUUUCCCAUAGUUAUAAUAAAAUAAUUUUGCGAUUCACUGCUGUGUUAUUGUGCUAUUCAGAUAAUAAUUUAUAAAAAGAAAAUUUUGUUAUUCGAGGAAUGGAUUUUUGACAUACAGUUCUCUUUCGGUCUCUCAAGCCUGCGCUUCAAAAUGCCCCAAACCAACUCCCACAAUGCCGCCGACAGCAUUGAGCAAAAGCUGCUCGGAAUUCUCGCUGCUCAAGAUCUGGGCGAUAUAACGCAGGAGCUGUGCGAUUUCUCACUCGAAGAACAAAAUGCCACAGCCGAGGCGCAGGGCAUACAACCAAGCACCUCCGCAGAUUACAUACCUGUACUCGGAAAAUCGGUGACAUACAUAGUCGCUAGCGUAUUGUUCAACGAGAGGGAUGAGGUGCUCAUGAUGCAAGAGGCUAAGCAAUCAUGCGCCGGCAAAUGGUAUCUACCAGCUGGGCGGAUGGAAAAGGGCGAGACCAUCUGCGAGGCUGCUGUGCGUGAGGUUUAUGAGGAAACUGGUCUAAAUGUUGAUAUCACAACUCUAUUAGCCAUCGAAGUGGCGGGCGGCUCAUGGUUCCGUUUUGUGCUCACCGGUCGCGUCACAGGCGGUCAGUUGAAGACACCCGCUCAGGCGGAUAACGAGUCAUUGCAGGCAAAAUGGAUCGGCAGACUGUCUGAGUUGCCGUUACGCGCUAAUGACAUUAUAAAUUUAAUCGACAUUGGCCGCUCAUAUAACGAACGCAACUCAUCACCGCAGGCACCACCCUAUCACCCGGAUGUUUUGCCAACAAAGUACUCACAUCACAAAAAUUAUUUGCGUGUCGUCGCGGUGAUACGCAAACGUGCCACCAAUUCGUUGAAUGUGCUUGUUAGUGAAAAGAAUGUGCAUCAUUUCCCCACGGUCGAGGUGCAUCCACAGCGCAGUCUUCACUCGACGCUACGCAAAUUUAUGAUCGAGCUAUUCGGCGCGGAGUUGCCACAACAUCGGCCCCACGGCAUUCUCAGCGUCGAACACUGUCCCUCGCCAAUGCCAUACACGAGCGAUGGUAUUUGCCUGAAUGUGUUGGUAGUAUUUCGACCGCCUUUAGAGGAAGUGGCGCUUAUUGGCAAAUGUACAUGGCAUGAGUUGAGUCGUCCGCUCGAGGAGAAAUUGGGGCGCAUACUGUCGAGCAAACAUUCCACAAUCCCUUUGAAUGUCAUACGGUAAACAGAUGCGUUGGUGUGCUUGGGGUUACGUUUGGGGUCUGGAUUCGGGAAAUGCAAGUGAGCAGGAUUCAACAAAGAAUAAAACAAAUAAUUAGGUGUAAUAUUUGCGCACAUUAUUAAAGUGAGCUAAAUUACAAACAAACGUGUUUAGUGGAAUCUACGGAGCUGCAGUGCUGCGCUACAACUUAUACUACUUAUUUGCAAUAAUAUUUAUUUUUUAAAUAUUUUGAUUUUAUAUACACCAAUCAUUGUUUAUUAAGUUGCUGUUAUACAAAUUUUUAUGUUAUAAAUAAAAAUUUCAUGUUAACUACAUA